AUGUCUUCACUACGCAGUGCCACCCCCAAACUGAGGAACUACUUCAGGGACAAAUACAUUCCUCAGAUCUGUGAGGCGCUGCUAUGUGGCUUACUUGUGACAUGUCCUGUCGACCCACUGAAAUAUUUAGAGCGAAUGAUCAAAAUUAUCAUUAAAAAUGGUCUGGAAAACCUUCUUUGGGACAUGUGCAUCGAUCCAGCACUGAAACCAAGACUUCGGAGACUGUCCGAAACAUACUUAGAACAACUUUUUGGACUGGAUGACCAACUGGUGACUCCAGAGUUGAUGGUAAAAGCAUGUACAUUUUACACUGGACAUUUAGUGAAGAGCCAUUUUGGUGGUUGGAAGGAAGUCGCAAUACCUCGUGCAAAUCAGGAGGCAAUCAUGGCCGAAAAAAUGAACAGAGCAAUAGAACAUUACAAUUUUAGAUGUCUGAAAUCAUUUUUUAUUCAGUGGUUCUCCUAUGUGAAGAUCACUAGAGAAAGACUUGUAGUUUCACUGCUCCGGUUGCGAGAGAUGUUUUUUACCCAAAGGCAAAAAUUUAUCCUAGCAAGAUGGAAGGAGAAAGCCAGGCAGAGGAGUAAAUCAAGAGAAGAAGAUUUGAUUUUAAAGCACGAACUUCAGCUGAGGAAAUGGAAGUACAAGCUUUCCAAGUCCAAAGCAGUUGAGGAAAAGCCCAUUAGCCCCGAGCGAAGCGCCUCUGACACAGCCCUGGUGGACGUGGAAUUUGACAUCGCAGUGCUGCCCGAGCAAGCGAUAAUGCAGAUUUUCUCGUGCCUCAGCUUUAGAGAUAGGAUCAUGUGCGGUCAGGUGAACCGUUCCUGGACGGCAAUGACACAGAGGGGCUUCCUGUGGAACGCUAUUGAUUUUUCCACAUCGAAAAACAUUGCCGAUAAAUGUGUGGUGACUACUUUGCAAAAGUGGCGUCUAACCGUGCUGCGCCUGAACUUCCGAGGGUGUUUCUUCCGCACAAAGACCCUGAAAGCCGUCAGCCACUGUAAAAACCUGCAAGAGCUGAACGUCUCAGACUGCAAGUCUCUCACAGAUGAAUCAAUGAGACACAUUUCCGAGGGCUGCCCUGGCGUCCUGUAUCUAAAUCUGUCCAACACGGGGAUCACCAACAGGACCAUGCGACUCCUGCCCAGGUACUUCCACAACUUACAGAAUCUCAGCCUGGCUUACUGCCGAAAGUUCACGGACAAAGGCUUACAGUACCUGAACUUGGGGAACGGCUGCCACAAGCUCAUCUAUCUGGACCUUUCCGGCUGCACCCAGAUCUCGGUGCAAGGCUUCAGGAACAUUGCAACCAGCUGCACGGGCAUCAUGCACCUGACCAUCAAUGACAUGCCAACCCUGACAGACAACUGCGUAAAAGUCUUGGCUGAGAAGUGUCCCCGCAUCUCCACGGUGGUUUUCAUUGGCUCACCACACAUCUCUGACUGCACUUUCAAAGCUCUUUCUUCCUGCAACCUCAAAAAAAUCCGAUUUGAAGGAAACAAAAGGAUUACCGACGCGUGCUUCAAAUAUAUAGACAAGAACUACCCAGGUAUCAAUCACAUUUACAUGGUGGACUGCAAGGCACUAACGGACAGCAGCCUCAAGUCGCUUUCUGUGUUGAAGCAACUGGCUGUGCUGAACUUGACCAACUGCGUCAGGAUUAGCGACGCUGGCCUGCGGCAAUUCCUUGAUGGUCCCGCAAGUGUGAGGAUAAGAGAGCUCAACUUGACUAACUGCUCCCUCCUGGGCGACACCUCCGUCGUGAGACUGUCUGAGCGCUGCCCUAAUUUGCACUAUUUGAGCUUACGAAAUUGUGAACAUUUGACUGACAUGGCAAUUGAAUUUAUUUUAAGCAUGCUAUCCUUGAUAUCAAUAGAUCUUUCUGGAACACUCAUCACAAAUGAGGGCUUGACCACACUUUCCAGACACAGGAGACUGAGGGAACUUUCUCUGUCUGAGUGUACCAACAUCACUGACCUUGGAAUUCGGUCGUACUGCAGGACCUCGCUGCACCUGGAACACCUGGAUGUCUCCUACUGUACCCAACUGACGGACGAUGCUGUAAAAACCGUAGCCAUCUUCUGCACGCGAAUCACGUCUCUCAACAUCGCGGGAUGUCCAAAGAUUACUGAUGCAGGCCUGGAGACGUUAUCGGCAAAGUGCCAUUAUCUGCACAUCCUGGAUAUCUCUGGCUGUAUCCUACUUACAGACCAGAUCCUUCAAAACCUUCAAAUAGGCUGCAAACAACUCCGGAUCCUCAAGAUGCGAUUCUGCAGGUCCAUCUCCGUGGCGGCAGCUCACAGAAUGUCCGCUGUGGUCCAGCACCAGGAAUACAGCUCCGGCGACCCCCCGAGAUGGUUUGGGUAUGACUCCGAAGGCAAUCCUCUCGCAGAGCCUCACAGGAGAAUGCCAGUUAGAAAUUUCUCAGAACUGAUAGUCAAAGAGGCUUUCAGCAGUGAUGAGGAAGGUCUAGACUCCAACCUCCAAUAG